CUCUGGGUGUGGUGAGACAGUUUAGAGAUUGAGCUCGGCAGAUCUAGGCCUCUCUUCCAUAUUGCUUCUUUCCUGUUUCUUACCUCUUCCUCGGUCCCUGCUCAGCUUUCACCCAUCACUCCUACCCUUACUUUGCCUACCAAGGCAAGCGACCAACUGGGUCCAGACCCAGAAAAUGUCCACCAGCAUGUUAAAGGUGGAGGGGAUGCAGGUGAUGUCAGCAGACUCCCAGCCAACCCAAAUCAAUAUACACAUCCAUCAGGAGUCAGCUCUGGCUAAGCUCUUCCAGGCUGCAGGCUCCUUCUUGCAAGCUAAGACUCAUUUCCAGGACACCCCCAAACAGAGCAAAAGGGUGCUCCAGGCACAGCUGGCACUUGGGGUGUCGCUGAUAUUACUGGGUGUCUUCAGCUGCUCUUUUGGGAUAUUCCUGUGUUUUGGGCCUUGGAUUCCCCUGCAGGCCACAGGUUGUGCCUUUUGGGCAGGGGCUGUGGCCAUCGUGGCUGGAGCUGGGGCCAUCAUCUAUGAAAAAUAUCGGGGUAGCUGUUGGGGUCGUCUGGCUGCCCUGCUUGCCCUGAUCAGCUUCUCCACAGCCCUUGCUGCCCUCGUAUUCUGUUCAUACAGCAUUCAGGACUCUGCUUAUCACUUUUCCAACUUGGAAGACAUCUGUGAGCGCUCUAGGUCAGAGACCGUGACCUUCCCGACCUUCCAGUAUCGGAGGAGAGAUUAUGAUUACAGAGACUGGAGGACUCACGAAUGUGAAAGGAAUAUGAACAUGCUUUUGCAUUUGUUCCAAGGAGUCCAGGCCAUGCUGCUGGCCAUCUCUGCCUUGAUACUUCUUGUGUCUCUGGCCUCCCUGGGUGUGGGUCUCCGUUACUUGUGCUGCCAGAACUCUCAGUUGCAGGUUGAAGAAGGGUCUAGAGAGAACCUGCUUGGGGAAGAAUCACUUCCUCCCUCACCCUGCAAGGAGAAAUCCACGGGGGUCCUUAACCUGUGAACUGCCAACCUGCCUGGAACCUGCCUCCUUUGAGGAGCCUCCUGCUGUGUCUGAAGGCAUCUGGCCACCCCGAGGGCUUUCUGUGCCAGGAUCCCUGAGAACCUUCUUUCUCCCUCACCCCAUGCCCAAGACCUUUAUUGCCAGCUCUGCUCAGCCUCUUCUUCCCUGUUCCUUCAAGCUUUUCACCUGCUUCCUGUUUUUUACCCCUCUGACCACUCACUUUCCCCAGCCCCAUUCCUCAUUCAUCACCUUCCCUUAUCCACUUAUUUACUCUCACCCUGAGAACGAGUUGCAUCUACUCUUUUCCCUGCUCUCCCUGAGCCCAUCAGUCCCUUAUCCUCAGGCUGGUUCCAAAUAAUAAAUGCUUUGGUUUCAA